CAAAAAGUCACAGAUGAGCAAAAAGUGUCAGAUUAUGUUUUAAAAUUUGUGUUAAAAACACGUGUCACAUUUUAUUCAGUUUAAAGGUAUCAUAGAUAUUUAAAUAUGGUCAAAAUAAAGUCUAAGAAGCCUAAAAAGCAGCAAGAUGCAGUUGUAACUAAAAAAGUGGAAGAUGUAGUUACUUUACCCCCUGUGAGAAUGUCGGAUGAACCGACGCCGAAACAGGUAAAAUGGAUAAACAGACAACGAGUAUUAGUGUUUGCGACGCGUGGCAUUAACCACCGCCACCGCCAUGUGAUGGAAGACAUCAAGAAACUUAUGCCUCACCACAAGACGGAAUCAAAAAUGGAAAGGAGCAAAAACUUGUAUGUUGUUAAUGAAAUCAGUGAAAUGAAAAACUGUAACAAAUGUUUACUCUUUGAAGGAAGGAAAAUGAGAGACUUGUACAUGUGGAUGUCCAAUGUGCCUAAUGGUCCCUGUGUGAAAUUUUUAGUUGAAAAUGUUUAUACUAUGGGGGAGCUUAAAAUGACUGGAAAUUGUCUGAGAGGGUCAAGACCACUGCUGUCAUUUGACCCACAAUUCACUAAAGAUCCGCAUUACAUGUUACUGAAGGAACUGCUCACACAGACGUUUGGGGUGCCAAAUCACCACCCUAAAAGCCAGCCCUUCUUUGACCAUAUCUAUACAUUUAUGAUUUUGGACAAUAGAAUUUGGUUUAGAAAUUAUCAAAUUCUAUCUGAAGAUGGAGCCCUGGCUGAAAUAGGCCCAAGAUUUGUGCUGAAUCCAGUCAAAAUAUUUUCUGGGUCCUUUGGAGGGACAACCCUGUGGGAAAACCCAAAAUAUAUCAGUCCAGCCAAACUGAGACAAGCUUAUUCUAAGAAAGCUGCAAAUAAAUAUGAAAGGAGAGUUGAAAAGAAAGUUGUGUAUGAAGCAACUAAGCCAGAAACUGGCUAUCCUGAUAUUGAAGGUGCUGACUUCUUCAAGGGAGAUCCUCUUGUGAAGGCAGAAGAAGUAGUAGUGAAAGAAGAAAAUCAAGAGCCAGCCUCUGACAGUGAGGUACAACCACCGAGGCCGGCUUUCUCUAUGAAGAAGAAAUCCAAGAGCAAGCCAGAUAUGGCAAUCAGACGCAAACAACUGAAAGCCAAGAGUAAAGCCAUAUCUGACCAGAUCAAGAAGAGGAAACAAAUAAAGAAGAUUAAACCCAAACAAAAAUGAUUCUGAAAUAAAAACAUGUUUUUUACA